CUCAUUCCUCUCCCAUUUUCUGUGGAUUUUGUUUCAUCUGCUGAUUAAUUUUCUAAUCGCAAGAGAUUACUUGCAUUCUGUUGAAGUUCGUGCGAUUCGAACCAGGAACCUUUUUCCAGGUAUUCUUUGUAUUUCAUCUUCUAUCAGUUGACGUGAAAUUGGUCGUUUGUCUGCUCUUAGAGGCGUUUUUGCGCUGUUGUGGAAAAGCAAAAUGCGUCGGUGGCUUUGUUGUGCUUGUUCAGUCGAUGAUGCUCCUGAACAACCGGAGAAUCAAUACUUAAAUGCAACAAAGCCCUUCCCAAAUGGAAACCAGGGCAAUUCUAAAGCAUCCGAGGGAACAAAGAAUGACACUCCACAGAAAAUACCUCCUAUUGAAGCACCUGCUCUAUCUCUAGAAGAGUUAAAGGAAGCAACAGACAACUUUGGUCCAAAAUCUUUGAUUGGAGAAGGGUCCUAUGGAAGAGUAUACUAUGCAACAUUAAGCAAUGGUUCAGCUGCAGCAAUUAAGAAAUUAGAUGUCAGCAGUCAGCCAGAGGCAAACCCAGAAUUUUUAGCACAGGUUUCAAUGGUCUCAAGGUUGAAGCAUGAGCACGUAGUCGAGUUGGUAGGAUACUGUGUUGAGGGAAACAUCCGUGUGCUAGCUUACGAAUUUGCAACAAUGGGCUCCUUACAUGAUAUUUUACAUGGACGGAAAGGGGUGCAAGGGGCCCAACCAGGUCCAGUUCUUGAUUGGAUGCAACGAGUGAAAAUUGCUGUAGGUGCAGCAAAGGGUCUUGAAUAUCUUCAUGAGAAAGCUCAACCUCAUAUUAUUCAUCGAGAUAUUAGAUCUAGCAAUGUUUUACUUUUUGAUGACUUCAAAGCAAAAAUUGCCGAUUUCAAUCUUUCUAAUCAAGCCCCUGACAUGGCUGCUCGCCUUCAUUCAACAAGAGUGCUGGGAACGUUUGGCUAUCAUGCUCCUGAGUAUGCAAUGACAGGACAGCUGACUCAGAAGAGUGAUGUAUAUAGCUUUGGGGUAGUUCUGCUUGAGCUUCUAACAGGUAGAAAGCCUGUUGACCACACAAUGCCUCGGGGACAACAAAGUCUUGUUACUUGGGCAACUCCAAGAUUGAGUGAAGAUAAAGUCAAGCAGUGUGUAGAUCCAAAGCUGAAGGGAGAAUAUCCUUCCAAGUCUGUAGCCAAGUUAGCCGCUGUUGCAGCACUUUGUGUGCAGUAUGAGGCAGAUUUCCGUCCCAACAUGAGUAUAGUUGUAAAAGCUCUUCAGCCACUGCUCAAUCCAAAGCCAGCAGCUCCUGCACCUGAAGCUUAGAAUUGAUGAUCAGGCAUGGUGCAGUCUAGUACAAUUUCAGGUUGUGUUCAGCAAAGGUUUAGAUUAAUGUGAUGGGAUGUUAUAGGGGCAGAGCCUUUGGAGAUCACAGCUCAAAGUUUUAAGCAGCUAUAUUAUUUGCAGUUCUCCAGCUUUUGUUCAUGGGUUAGAUUUUUUUCUGUAUUCUUUUUAAAUAGCUAUUCUUUUGCCCCUUGUGAAGAAUUUUCUACAUGUACCGUAAACUUGAUGUUCUUGAGCCAGUUCCAAGCAACAGAUAGUUUGUCUGCUAUAUUUCCUAGAAUCCUUGUGCUUCUUUAUAGGUUCUGGGAUUCCUUUUUUGAUCCUGGUUGAGUUUGUGUUUGUAGUCUUGUUUUAUAAGAUAUUUUUCCUAUUUUCUUUACCUGUAUAGGUCAUGUAUGUGGACAUCUUGUUUGAGAUUAGGGACUGCAAUUAUUAUCAUUAUAAUUUUGUGUAAGGCGAUAACAGGAAGGGUAAAUUAUUCAUAGGCAUCAGAGAUUCUUUGUGGGAGAAGUUAAAAAUACUGAAUAUGCUUUAUGGCCCUAACAAGGUAAAUUGCCAGUCAUUAAUACACGUCUGUUUGCUUCGUUUGGAA